GGCAAGACACAGACUCCUUUCGCAAUUCUAUACCAAAUUCCAGCAUCACAUUGCCGACACACCUUCCUACCUGGGCUAGCAAGCUGCGCUUAAACAUAGGCUAUCUGAAGAGACCGACAGGAGCGCAAACUCGUUGAGCGCAGCUCAGCUGAGCAAUUAGCCUAUUCACUUGGUCAAGAUGGCGGAAGGGUUUACAGUAAAGGACACAAAUAAUAAUGUAUCUGAUGACCAUUCUCACAGAAGUAAAGUGGAUAAAUGCAGACCUAUUUCUCCUGAUAAACAUUUUCUGUCGGUUCCUUUCAGAGGUUGUGUCAGAGGUGGAAUGAGGCCAGGGAAGAAAAUCAUUGUAAUGGGAAUUGUGGAUCCUCACCCCAACAAGUUUGUCAUCAGUUUAACAUGCGGCUGUGGCACAGCAGAGGACAUGGCCGCUAACGUGGCACUGGAGCUCUGCGCCAGGUUCAAGGACCACCAGUUUCUGCGCCAGGCCCGCAUCUCAGGCACCUGGGGAGACACUGAGAGGCUCAUCCCCUACUUCCCUUUCAUUGGGGAUCAGCCAUUCCGGAUCGAGAUCCAUUGUGAACAGCUGCGAUUCCGUAUAUUCGUGGAUGGACACCAGCUCUUUGACUUUUACCACAGAGUGCCAAAACUCCCUGAAAUCGACACAUUAUGGAUCAAGGGGAGUGUUAGAAUUACCAAACUGGGUUGAAACAGAAAAAGAAAUUCAGCAUUGAAUGGACCUCACUAGAGUGAAGAUCCUGCAAGCAAUGUUUUCCUAUGCAUCUUGAGAUAAAACAAAACGAAAAAAUACACAAACUUCAACAACAAAUAGCCUUUCCAACAGCAUUGAAUCAUGCUGCUAAUUAUGUGUGAUUUUGUUUAUUCAGAAUGGCCUUGAGUUCACAAGGCUUGGACAGAAAGUACAUACAAAAAAUGUCCGACCAGAUCAUCCAUUUUUAAAUACUGGUGCUCUUGUCUGUAAUUGUGUCUGUGUUAUGCCUUAAUGCAAUUACUGGUCAAAUGAGACUUAAUCAAUGUAUGUAUUUUCAUGAAUAAGUAAGCAACUGUGAUAACAUGUUGAUGACUAACAAUGGACAGUCAGAAAUUAGCGGUAGGUAAACAGUUGAAUUAGUGGUAAACACCAACAAAAUAUAGUGUGACUUUGAUAUGAUAUAUCACUGGGUGUUUUUCCUCAAUGUUUAUUUAUUAGAUAAAUAAGUGACGGUUAUGGGGCUUGUCCCAUCAAUCUCUUGGUCUUAUUUUAAUUGUAUUAAA